AACUCACAAAGCAGAAUCCAAAACAAACAUCUCUCUCUCUCUAGGAAUGGCCGAAGAUGAGGUGCUCAUCGAAGUCGAUGCAGUGCAAGCGGUCUACGGCGACGAUUGUGUUGUUCUUGAAACAUACCCUCCUCAUCUCCACGUUCACAUCAAGCCCCGAACCGCCGAUGUCUCCUCCCAACAGUUCGUGGAAGCAGUUCUUACAAUACGAGCUGGUCCCCAGUAUCCCAACGAGCCACCUAAUAUUAAUAUUAUAGAGUCCAAGGGUCUUGAUGAACAAAGGCAAAAACAUCUUAUAACUGGUAUUCGGGACAAAGCUUGUGAGCUCUCCUCCUGUUUAAUGCUUGUAGCACUUUGUGAGGAAGCAGUGGAAAGGCUAUCUAGCAUGAAUCACCCUGAUGGAAAUUGUCCAUUGUGUUUGUAUUCAUUGGUUGAAGAAGAUGCAGGCAAUAACAUAUUGCCAUUUAUGAAGUUAAUGUCUUGUUUCCAUUGCUUUCAUUGUGAGUGCAUUAUUAGGUGGUGGAAUUGGCUCCAGUCACAAAAAGAGAUUAAGCCAACUAAUUCAUCGGGUGCAACUGUGCAUGCUUCCACGAAUACGGUAAAUCAACGAGGCAUGCAGAGAAUAGCGGAAGAGAGCACAGGUAGCUGCCCUGUCUGUCGUAAGGUUGUUCAUGCUGGGGAUAUCGAACACGUGCUUGACUUGGUUGGGGCUCGUUCACAGCUGAGUUCUAGUGGUGCUGAAGUCAAUGAAGAUGCGCAACUUCUUCUGUCCACUUUAGAGAAAACCAGAAGACAAAAAUUUGAAGCCAUCUUAAAACUGCAGCAAGAGAACAGUGGCUUAAUUGAACCCAAAAAGAAUGAAGUAUUAUUGCCAGGCAUGUUUCUUCCGCAGUUGACCCCACAAUCUACUCCCGUAUCAGUCAAAGAAACAUCUGAGCAACAACACACAGAUCCUACCGUCCCAUCCGUGACGAAUUCCAUUGGUUCUUCAAGUAGGCCUAGCACCAGUGAACACAGGAACUCAGGCAUGAGGAAGCACAGAGGACGAAAUUCAAGAAAACAAUUCAAACAGUGGAUUAAGAAAGAUAUUGGCAAUGCAGAUUAACCUGUUAAAUAGAAAAUUUAAGAGUCUCUCUCUUUCUCUCUGGUUUAAAAGCUUUCUUAAAGUAUCUGUUCAUUAAAGUAAAAAAAUAUGCAAUAUGAGUUUAAUGCUGAAACUAUUUAUCAAAAAAAUAAAAAAAUAAAAGUUCUUUUUUAAUGCUGGACUAGUUUUUGAGGCCCGAACUGGCUUAUGAAGAACAUGGGUGGGAAUUGAUAAUAUGCCCUCGAUUGUGUAUAACUGUUUGAACUCUAUACAUUUCCAAAUGCAAUGUAUGAAAUCCAAAUUUUUAUC